AAGCCGGUGAAGUCAUCGCCGGAAGGAGAAGGGCAGGUUACGACGAAAUUCCGGCGAGGUAAUCCGACAAUGCGAGGGUUACUACGAGCUUCGUCGCUUUUACUCUGCGGUGUUGUUCUGAUUCAGCUGCUUGCUGCUCAAAUCGACGCUCAAAGAUCUAAAAGUCCAUGGCAGACGCUCACCGGUGAUUCUCCUCGUGUGAUUGCUCGUGGUGGGUUUUCUGGAUUGUUUCCAGAUUCGAGCAUCGAUGCUUACGGUUUCGCAAUGCAGACAAGUGUGGAAGAUGCUGUUAUAUGGUGCGAUGUUCAGCUAACCAAAGACGGAACUGGGAUUUGCUUCCCUGAUUUAACCAUGAGCAAUGCUUCAAAUAUUGAAAUUGCUUUCCCAGGUCGCCAAAAAACGUACCUUGUUAAUGGAGUCCCUACUCAGGGUUGGUUCACCAUUGAUUUCUCCUCGAGAGAGCUCAAGAACGUUACCUUGAUACGAGGUAUAUUAUCUCGGUCACCAGGAUUCGAUGGAAACGAAUACUCGAUUUUGACAGUUGAAGAUGUAAACGCGCAGUUGAAACGACAAAGCUUAUGGUUAAAUGUUCAGCACGAAGCCUUCUACGCGCAGCAUAAUCUGAGCAUGAGCAGCUUUCUGAUAUCAGCUUCGAAAAAUGUAAUCAUUGACUUCAUCUCUUCCCCUGAAUUGAAUUUCUUUAGGAAGAUUGCUGGACGUUUCGGGCGUAACGGACCGAGUCUCGUGUUCCGGUUCCUCGACAAAGAAGAAUUCGAGCCAACAACAAACCGAACCUACGGUUCUAUCCUGAGUAACCUAACUUUUGUCAAGACGUUUGCUUCCGGGAUUCUUGUACCCAAGUCUUACGUGUUGCCACUCGAUGACGAUCAGUACUUGCUUCCUCCUACAUCCUUAGUGCAAGAUGCUCACAAAGCAGGAUUGGAAGUUUAUGUGUCAGGAUUUGCAAAUGAUGUUGAUAUUGCACACGACUACAGUUUCGACCCUGUGUCUGAGUAUCUGUCUUUUGUGGACAAUGGCAAUUUCUCUGUCGAUGGUCUGCUCUCUGAUUUUCCCAUAACUGCAUCUGCAUCCCUCGACUGCUUCUCCCACAUUGGCAGAAACGCUACUAAACAAGUGGAUUUUCUUGUUAUAUCAAGAAAUGGUGCGAGCGGAGACUAUCCAGGAUGCACAAACUUGGCGUAUCAGAAGGCAAUCAAAGAUGGUGCUGAUGUUAUCGAUUGCUCAGUCCAAAUGUCCAGCGACGGUAAACCUUUUUGUGCAAGUUCGAUCGAGCUUGGGAAUACCACAAACGUCGCCCAAACUGCUUUCAGAAACCGUUCAACACCUGUUCCUGAGAUUAGCUCGGUUGGUGGAAUAUACACUUUUAGUCUCACAUGGACUGAGAUCCAGACCUUGACUGUUUCUAUUUCAAACCCCUACAGAGAUCCAUACAAUCUGUUAAGGAAUCCAAAGGAGAGAGCUUCUGGGAAGCUUCUUUCGCUUUCUGAAUUCCUAAACUUGGCAAAGAACUCCACCUCUCUCUCCGGUGUUUUGAUCAGCGUAGAGAAUGCAGCAUACCUGAGAGAGAAUCAAGGGCUCGACGUGGUUAAAGCGGUUCUUGAUGCACUCACAGAGACUGGCUACAGCAACAGAACAACUGCAAAGGUGAUGAUUCAGUCUACAAAUAGCUCGGUUCUAGUCGACUUCAAGAAACAGAGCCAGUACGAGACCGUGUACAAAGUUGAAGAAACCAUCCGUGAUAUCCUCGACUCUGCUAUCGAAGACAUAAAGAAAUUCGCUAACGCUGUUGUCAUCGGAAAAUCAUCAGUCUUUCCCGUCUCUGAGGGGUUCAUCACGGGGCAAACCAAUGUUGUGGAGAGGCUGCAGAAGUCUCAGCUCCCGGUUUAUGUGGAACUAUUUCAGAAUGAGUUUGUAUCUCAACCAUAUGACUUCUUCGCUGAUGCAACUGUUGAGAUAAACUCGUAUAUCUUUGGACCCGGUAUCAAUGGAACCAUCACUGAAUUCCCUUUCACAGCUGCAAGAUACAAGAAGAAUCGAUGUUUGAGCAGAAAAGAGUUUCCAGCAUACAUGGCCCCUGUCGAACCCGGUGGCCUCUUAAAGGUUGUGAGUCCUACGGCCAUGCCUCCAGCCCAAGCUCCAAACCCGGUUUUCACAGAUGCUGAUGUCACUGAGCCACCACUACCUCCGGUUACAGCAAAAGCCCCAACCUCAACCCCUGGAACCCCAUCAACUAAUGCACAAGCACCUAGUGGACAAACCCGACUCGCUCUGUCUCUUCUCCUUUCUGUUUUUGCAAUGGUUCUUGCCUCUCUUCUACUUCUGUGA